CUUGGUUGUUCACAUCCUCCUUUUGCUUCCAUUUCCACCCCUCCAUUUUACAGCCUCAGUUCAUUUAUUUGUUGAUAAGGGUUGUUUUUACAGACAUCUUGGAGAAGGCAACAGAUCCAGCAGCGAUGGCUGACAGAACCAUAGUGUUCCUCCCCCCCAGUUGUGACAACAUAAACCAGGCAGGCCAGGGGGCCUCAAAUACUGUUCUCCAACUACCAGGGGCAGUUCUCCAUGGAGGUCAGCAGCUUGGAGGCCCUGAUAACCAGCCUCAGCAGAGCGGGCAGGUGGGAGCCAUGGAGAAACUCCGCUAUGUUGAGACCAAAACUCUGGGGGUUGUCCAGAUCAUGAUUGGAUUGGUACACAUUGGCUUUGGGGCUGUCUCCCUUGUUCUUGUACACGACUCCAUGUACCGGUAUCUUGUUUUUGCUGCUGUUGGAGGUUAUCCAUUCUGGGCAGGACUAUUUUUCAUUAUUUCUGGAUCCCUGGCUGUGUCAGUUGAGAAAUAUCUUAAUACAAGCAUGGUGAAAUGCUGUGUGGGAAUGAACAUCACAAGUUCUAUAAUGGCAUUAGUUGGCAUCGUGCUCUAUUUGACGGAGCUGUGUCUAAAUCAUUAUUCUCCUACUCUUGCCAUUUAUUCUCGUGAGUUAAGCCACCAAAUAGGUACUGGUCUCGGAGUCCUCCUCUUCCUGUUCACAUCCCUGGAGUUCUGCAUUGCCGUUUCCACAGCCCAUUUUGGGUGCCUGGCCGUCUGCUGUAACAAUGAGAGGGCCAUAACUUUCAUGCAGUACCCCAUCUAUCGAGGUGGUGUGAAUCCUGCUGAAGGCAACCCUGCUCCUCCAGCCUCCAGUGCUGAACUUUCUUCCAAGGAAGAGGCUUACUAAAGAACCCAAGAGAAAAGCGAUCAAAGAUAUCACUUCCAAGAAUCCAGGAAGUGAAAUAUUAUUGAUGUAUUAACU